UAGUUUUGGUAAUGUGUCAUAUGUCAAAAACUCAAAAGUUCUUGAAAUUGGAAUCCGCCUUAACCAAGAAUUUUCAUUUGUAAUAGGCGAGAACUUGUUAUUUUUGUCAUGAUUACGUGUAAAAAUACUUACUUAUUUACUAAAUGUUAUUUGACGGUUAUUUUUGGAUUGUGUACUGCAAGAUUUUAAAAAAAUAUGAAAAAUGUUAAAGUUCUGGAGAAAGUCCAGUACCAAAGAAAGCAACCGAUCCAACUCCUCGUCCCCGGUAGAUGUCACGUCAUCCAGCGGUCAAUCAUUUUCGAAUGUCAACAGCGUACAGUCGGGUAUAGGCAGUUUUGACUCUUGUCAUUCGGGUGUACUGGCCUCGUUUGAAGAUGAAGGUUUAUUUGAUGUUUGUGAAGUGGAAGCAACAAAGCAACACUCACGAUUAUCAAAAACUUUAGAGGAGGUCUUGGAUGAUAAGUCGGCCCUUGGCCAUUUCGCCCAGUAUCUUGAAACUCGUAAUGUUCUGUCACUCAUUCAUUGUUGGAUGGAUAUUGAACAAUUCAAGUAUGAAACCCAGAAGCUACUGACCAACCCAAAAGAAUGUGCGACCGAAAAGCACAGGUGCAGAUCUCCCAUGUUAAGUGCGCCGAUUGAUCACGACAGUCUGUCUGUGAGUACUGACUGUGAUUCUUACACAACGGACUCUUAUAGCUUAUGUGAUUACUCUUCUUAUCUAGUAUCCGAUAGUAAAUUAAGUGCUGAAAUUAAACCCUCAGUAAGUGACAAAAGUAAGUUAGAUGUUAUAUGUGAUAGAUUUCCCGAAACUAGUCAAACUGUGGGCUCUCAUACGUGCAGGAAUGAGGUGAACAGUAGCUGUAGCGAUGAAUGGAUCCGCAAUAUAGACAAAAGCCCAGUCAGAAAUAAAUUACUGCACAAAUUAACGGAGGAGGCGCUAAAAAUUUUUAAAACGUAUAUCAGUUUAGAAGCCAACGAAACUAUAAGAUGUGUAGAGGACAUUCGAAAGGAAGUUAUAGAAAGCAUAUGUGAUUCGACGAAAAUUUUGAAACUUACAUGUUUUGAAUCCGUAGAGAAAUAUAUUCGAGAUAUCUUAGAAAAGGAUUAUUUCCAAGGUUUUCUCGCGAGUGAUUUUUUUUGUAAGCACCAAAUUGAUGUAUUAACCAGUGGUAAUGUCGCGCUGGAUGAUAUUUUAUAUAACGAAACUGCUUUAUUUUAUUUUAUGGAAUUUUUGGAGCAGGAAAAUAGUCGAAAUUUGCUAGAAUUUUGGAUUGCGGCCAGCAAUUUCCAAUUACAGUUAAAUGAACAGAAAGAGUUUUUUGAUCCUGUUGAAGCACAAAGUGAUGCUGUGGUAUUGUACGAUAAAUAUUUCUCUCUUCAAGCACAUUGCCCUUUGGGGUUCGGUGAUAAGAUUCGGUUUGCAGUCGAACAAAGUAUUUGCGGGGAAAAUGGAGUCAUGGUGGACUGCUUUCAUCUACCGUUGACCAUAGUGGAACAAGUCCUCGAAAAGAAUUACUUGAAGUCUUUCGUCGCCUCUCAAUUGUUUUAUAAGUAUUUAUCGGAACUAAUUAACUCAGUGCACAACAAUUCGAUGGACAAUAAAUAUUCACCUUCGGAGUGUAGUAGUGAAAAAAGCUUUUGCACAAACAGCACCUUUUUGGCCAUGGAGGUACCACAGAAUAUGAGAAGACAAAAGAGAGAGAAAGGGACUGAUAUGAACAUUGAUACAAGGCAACUGUAUGAUCCAGAUUCGUUAUGGAAACGAAAAAGACAUAACAGGUUAUCGUUAGGCAGAAUUUCCGCUUUGGGGAAGUAUGAACCCGACUAUGACCCGGAACCUGAUAAAAGUGUCACCUCUAAACUUAAGAUAGCAGUCAAAAAGUUUGUUAACAUCGAGGAAGACAGUAAAAAACAAGAAAUGGCUUGGCAGGUUGCAGAAAUGAUCGUUAAAGAUAUUACCAAUAUUACACUACACGACCAAAAGGGAUUUCAUUCUUGAUUAAAUUGGUAACGAUUUGAGAACUUGGGCGUUGUUGUACUUAAUUUUUAUAUAUAUAGGUGAUAACAAUUGGUUGUUCUCUAGCUUUCCAUGCAAUGCAGCUAACAAACACUUUUUUUUUUAGUUGUCAAGUAGAUUUCAAUGGUGCUUUUAUCAUUUUCAUAUUUAAAUCAGUACUAGUCACUUUUAUGAUUCAUACUACUGAUAUUUUUGCUUAUCUAUAAGUACACUAGAUCUACUUUUUUUUUAAUUGUAUAUAUGUAACUAUACGUACUGCUAAUUAGUAUUAAAACUGAAGGGAAAUCUUUGUAGUAAUUGAUAUACGAUGUUUAUAAGUAGGUGGUUAUAAUUUUGAACAAAAAAUUUUAUUUUUAAUAAAGAGUUAGUAUAUAUCAUU